AUGGGCAGCGGGCCAAUGCUGCUGGGCCACGCACACCCCCACGUCGUCGAGGCGGUCAUCAAGACCGUGGAGCAGGGCAGCACGUUCUUCGCCAACAACGACAAGGCGGUGUUGCUGGCCGAGCAGCUGGUCGAGGCGGUACCCUGCGCCGAGAAGGUGCGCUUCACCACCAGCGGCACCGACGCCUGCUUCCAGGCCAUGCGGAUUGCCCGCGCCUACACGGGCAAGGAAAAAGGUGCUCAAGUUCGAGGGUGGCUACCACGGCAGCAGCGACUACGCCCUGAUGAGCGUAACUCCCAGCGCAUCGCUGGAGUUCCCGCAGUCCGAGGCCAACAGCGGUGGCAUCCCAAGGCCAUCGCCGACCUGAUGCUGAUCGCACCCUUCAAUGACCUGGCCACGACUGAGGCGAUCAUACAGGCCCACCACGACGAGAUCGCAGCGAUCAUCGUGGAGCCGAUGCAGCGCAUCCUCGCGCCCCGUCCUGGGUUCCUGCAGGGGCUGCGAGACCUGGCCAACCGUUACAACAUCCCGCUGAUCUUCGACGAGGUCGUUACCAGCUUCCGCUGGCCUACGGCGGAGCGCAGGAAUUCUACGGCGUCACGCCUGACCUGUGCUCGGUGGGCAAGAUUAUGGGCGGCGGAUACCCGCUGGCCGCGGUGCUGGGCCAGGACGAGAUCAUGUCGGUCUUCGAUCGCGGAGAGGUGGACAGCGACACUUUCGUCAGCCAGGUUGGUACCCUGA